AUGUCCGAUGGUGAAUUCAGUGAUGAUGACCGCGAAUCGAUGCAUUCGGCGGACGACACCGGAUUCAUCGGGUUUCCGGAAGAGAAACUCGCUGUCCCUGUACGGAGCGCCAUUGUCCGGAACCCGAAUCAGCAAGUGCAACAACAAGUUCCAAGGGAACUACAAGGCCUGUUCCGGCUUCGAGAGCAGAUGAGGCAGAGAAUCGUUGGUGUCCGUCGGAACCUGCAGAAGCAGAAGCAGCUUGCUGUGGGACCGCUCAAGGUCAUGAAGGAGAUGCUGGCGGCCGCCUUCAAGGAAUAUAACGGGUGCCACAAUGAAGUCAUGACGUGGAUAACGGACGACGAACUUCCGGCUCAAGUUGCGAUUUACCAAGAGUUCGAAGACAUGUACUUCGAGGUCUCGACGACUGUGGAAGAGCUGUAUCUGGAGGCCAAGAACCGAGAUGCAACGCCGUCGAAUACCAAGCCGCAAGUUGUUGUCCAGCAACGCCCCUUGAAAGUGCCAAUCCCCUCGUUUGACGGCAGUUACGCAAACUGGCCGAAAUUCAAAGCCAUCUUUCUAGACCUGAUGGCCAACUCCGGGGAUUCAGACGUGGUGAAGUUGUACCAUCUCGAAAAGGCGCUAGUCGGGGAAGCCGAAGGGAGCAUUGACGCGAAGGUGUUGAACGAGGGUAACUACAAACAAGCCUGGGCCGACCUCGCUGAACGCUUCGAUAACCUGCGUGUGAUCGUCGAGUCUCAUCUACGAGCCCUGCUGUCGCUGAAAAGGAUGACGUCCGAGUCGCAUAAUGAAUUGCGAUCUCUGAUAAACGAAGUUACGCGCAACGUGGAGAGCCUGCGGUACCUGAAACAGGAGUUGACUGGCGUGUCCGAGCACAUGCUUGUAUUUCUGAUCACUAACGCGCUCGACCAGUCCACACGUAAAGCCUGGGAGGCUACGCAGAAGAAGGGAGAGUUACCGAAAUACGCUCCGACCAUGGAGUUCUUGAAGUCCAGAGCCCACAUUCUGGAAAACUGUGAGGUGGCGUUCGAGUACCAAGGCCCACCAGCAACCAAGCAGAAACCUACGUUCAAACCAGCCCAGAGAAGUCAUGCCGUGGCGGCCAUUCCGGCAUCCGAGUCGACGUGUGACUUUUGCGGUGGUUCCCACGGUAACUACCAGUGCUCGACCUUGACCUCUCUGUCCAUGCCCCAGAGGAGGGAAAAGGUGCGAGUAGCUGGACUCUGUUACAACUGUCUGCGAAAGGGACACUUCGUGAGCGGGUGUCCUUCUACGAAAGCGUGCCGAAAAUGUGAAGCUCGUCACAACACGUUGUUGCACGAUGACGCAGCGUCACUCCCUGGACGUGCCGUCCAGCCCAAGCCAUUAGUCGUUGCCGAAGCAACAGCACUCCAGCCUGCCGUAGAGGAGGCGCCGAGUUCGGAAGAACGUCAUGUGUCUGCAUCCUGCUCAAGCCUGUUUCCCACCAGGUCCAAGACUGUUCUACUGCUGACCGCAGUGGUAGAUGCCCUCGACAAACACGGCAAACCCCAACCUUGCCGUGUUCUUCUCGACAGCGGUUCCCAAGUCAAUUUCGUGACCGAGGAACUGGCCAACCGUUUGGGAGUAAAGAAGCAGCCAGCAAAUGUCCCUAUCACCGGAAUCAACGAGUUGCGAACCCACGCCCGCGACAAGGUUCUAGUGAAGUUCCGAUCCAGAGUAUCCUCUUUCGCCUGUGCGCUUGAGUGUCUGGUCACACCGAAAGUGACUGGAAAAAUUCCAACAAGAAAGAUCGACGUCAGUGGUUGGCGUCUUCCGGAAGGAGUUGUACUGGCCGACCAAGAUUUCCAUACCCCAGACAAGGUGGACAUGCUGAUCGGCGGCGAACUCUUCUUUGACAUCCUGAAACCAAGGCACCUCCGACUGUCAGAUAAUCUGCCACAGUUGCGAGAAACCCAUUUGGGAUGGGUCGUUGCUGGGGUCCUCAAGGAACCGUACGUCGCGGACGUACCAAUUCAGCACUCUAACAUGGCCACCGUGGAGGACGUCGAGACAAUGAUGAAGCAGUUCUGGCAAGUUGAGGAUUUGCCGGACGUCCCGAAACUUUCGCGAGAAGAAGCUGCUUGCGAAUCUCACUUCCUGUCCACCUAUCGACGUGACCCAACAGGAAGAUUCGUGGUCCAGCAACCCUUCAAGAAAAACGUGGUCAAUCUGGAUGAUUGCAGAGAUCUUGCCCUGAAGCGAUUCCUGAUGCUCGAGAAGCGAUUGAUGCGAAACCCGGAACUCCGAACCCAGUACAUCCAGUUCAUUCGAGAAUACGAAGCUCUCGGCCACUGCCACGAAGUGAUUGAAGCAGACGACCCACAAGGCCAGAAGAACUUCUACUUGCCGCACCACGCAGUACUGCGGCCCUCGAGCUCGAGCACGAAGUGCCGCGUUGUUUUUGAUGCCAGUGCAAGGACGACCCCGAACAACUUGGCACUGAACGACGUUCUCCUCGUCGGUCCGGUAGUGCAAAGCGAGCUGUACGCCAUCAUGUUGCGGUUUCGGAUUCACAAGGUUGCGUUUACGGCGGAUAUCUCCAAAAUGUACCGUCAAAUUCUGAUGGCCCCCGAACAUCGACACUACCAACGGAUCUUUUGGCGAGAGCAGACAACACAGCCGCUGCGGGUGCUUGAACUCGACACCGUUACGUACGGUACCGCAUCAGCCCCGUACCAAGCAACCCGAUGCCUCGCCCAGCUGGCCGAAGAAGAGAAGGACGAGUUCCCGAUUGCAGCAAGGAUCGUUAAGCAGGAGGUUUACAUGGACGACAUGCUCUCAGGAGCCGAAACGGUGUUGGAAGCGAUUGAGGCGCAGCAACAACUGAAACAGCUUCUCGCACACGGUGGCUUCCCAGUCCAUAAAUGGUGCUCCAACUCGGUAGAGUUCCUCAAGCACAUGCCUGUAGAAGAACGUGAAACGCAAGUGCCGCUGGAGGAGAGUGGCGCGAACAAGGUCAUCAAGGUUCUAGGACUGCACUGGGACCCUGAAGCAGAUACCCUACUGAUUGCCAACCAAACCCGGCCGUCGACGAGUGAUGUUGUAACCAAAAGAAUGAUCUACGCUGGGGUUGCUAAGUUCUACGACCCACUCGGGCUCUUCUCGCCUGCUAUCGUCCUCGCCAAACUACAAUCGCAGCAUCUUUGGAAAAUCAAGGCAGACUGGGACGAUCCGCUCGAAGGAGAGGUGGCGCGCCAUUGGCAGGAUCUUCAAGCGUCACUGGCGAAGCUCAAUCAGAUCCAAGUUCCGAGACGUGUAACGGCGAACAACGCGGUAGCUUAUGAGUUGCCCGGGUUUGCAGAUGCUUCCAACGUAGCGUACGGAGCCUGUGUGUAUUUGCGAAGCAUUUUUGCCGACGGCUCGGCAAAGAUGUCGCUGCUGACCAGCAAGUCCAAGCUGGCCCCCCUGAAAGAGCUGUCCAUCCCUCGGAAGGAGUGCUGCGGUGCUCUUCUGUUGACACGUCUUGUGAAAAAGUUCGUGAGAAAUCGCAUCGCUGUCAUUCAAGACGAGACCGAUGGCUUCCGAUGGGAGUAUAUCAACACGGAGAACAACCCUGCGGACAUAGUUUCCCGCGGUCAGGUGCCAGAACUUCUGCGCGACAACCGGCUCUGGUGGUACGGCCCGGAGUUUCUCGCCUACGCAAAUUACCAGACUGUGCAGCCUCAAGCAGUGCCAGACGAUGACCUCCCUGAGAUGAACGCAGUCUUCGCAGCACCUACUGUGAGUAUCGAACCUUUCCCACUCUUCUCCCGAUGCAGUAGCUUCCGUAAGAUCCAACGAAUCGUCGGCUACGCUUUGCGUUUUGCCGAAAACUGCCGGAAGAAACCCGCUGAACGUAGGAGCGGCCAGAUCUUGACGAUCAUAGAGCUGCGCAAGUCGAGGGAAGCAAUACUGAAGGUGAUUCAACUCGUUCAUCUGGGAGACGAGAUUCGGCGCGUUCGCCUCAACGAGCCUUGCAAACGGAUCGGAAACCUCCGACCGAUCCUUCACGAGGAUUACUCCGAGUUGGCGGUCGUCUCGAUCGCUCACAGCUUGCAUUUGAAUGUCGACACCCAAUCAUCCUCCCGGACAAGGACCCGCUGGUGA